AAACUCUGUAACGCUUGUCGUGAUUGGUUCACGGUCUUCACGUUUGUGUGUCCAGCUGGUAGGUUUGGGCUGGCUACCCGGCUAGCUGUCUGGGCUCCGUCUGCCUCUUUUUCUUGGGGCCAAACAUAAAGAUACGGGCGUGCCACGCCGCUUACCCCGGCUUUUCUGAUAGCCGUAAUGCCGGUCCACUCUCGGGACAAGAAAGAAAGCAACCACGAAGAAAUGGAGGUGGAUUUUCCCGAGCAAGACGGCAGCAGCACAGACGAGGAGGACACGGUUAGCUCGUCCGUGUCUGAAGAUGGAGACAGCUCGGAAAUGGACGAUGAGGACUGUGAGAGGAGGAGGAUGGAGUGCCUGGAUGAGAUGACGACACUCGAGAAACAAUUCACAGAUUUGAAAGAGCAGUUGUACAAGGAGCGCCUCAGCCAGGUGGACAUCAAGCUGCAGGAAGUGAUGGCCGGCUGUGCCCAGGAGUACUUGGAACCCUUGGCAAACCUGCAGGAGAACAUGCAGAUAAGGACCAAAGUAGCCGGGAUCUACAGGGAGCUGUGCCUGGAGUCGGUGAAGAACAAAUACGAGUGCGAAAUCCAAGCUGCCUGCCAACACUGGGAGAGUGAGAAGCUGCUGCUGUUUGACACGGUUCAGAGUGAGCUGGAGGAGAAGAUAAGAAGACUGGAGGAAGACAGACACAGUAUUGACAUUACCUCAGGAGGCGACGGAGAAGCUGGGUCUAAUCUGUUCGGUUUGCUUUGCAGAGCUGUGGAACGAUGGACUGCAUGCGCGGAAAAACAAGAAAAAAGACCCCUUUUGUCCCAUCAAGAAGAAGAAGCCGGUGGUCGUGUCCGAUAUCCUUUCAUGCUGGCCCGUCGUCGCCCUUUUCUCUUCCACUCUCGGAUCGUCUGCGUUCAGACACUUCUUCGUGUGUUUUUCCUCAACCGUUGUUUUUUACGACCAUAUAUUGUUUACAUGCUGCAAGAUCUGGAUAUUCUUGAAGACUGGACUGCAAUAAGAAAGGCGAUGGCAUCUCUGGGGCCGCACCGGGUGAAGGUCGACGCCCCAGCAGUGAAGCCCGACAGACAUCACCACGUGGCGCGUUCCGAGGAGGGCCGGCUUUACUACGACAACCAGUGGUACUGCAGGGGACAGGCCAUCUGCAUCAACCGCAAGGACGAGUACCCCACGAGCGCCAUCAUAACCACCAUCAACAACGACGAGGUGUGGUUUAAACGGCUGGACGGCACCAAGUCGAAGCUCUACAUCUCCCAGCUGCAGAAAGGCAAAUACACCAUCAAACACUCAUAAGGAAAACUAAAGGAAAAAAAACAAACACCUAGACAUACAUUGUACAUCUCUACAGUUUUUUUGUUUUGUUUUUUUAUUUGUCUCUGGUCUCCUUUUCCCGUAUAGUUUGUCUAGGCCCAGUCUUAACAACCAGACCAAUCUAAACUGUAUAUAUGUAUAUGUGUGUUGAUAUUGUCAACCUGGUCACAAAGUGUCAUAUCUUCUCUUUCUCUGGAGCGGAGAUCCUUGUGCUGCUUUAAAAAAAACAAAAAAACACAAGUUUAAAAAAAAAAAAGAGAUUAAAGAAAUUAUAAUAAUAAAGGGUAAAAAAAAAUAAACAGAAGCAAACUGUGAAAUGCAGAGCUCAGUCGCGUGCCUUUCCCGAGAUAAAGACGAUGCCUUUGGCUGGCUGGCGGGUGGGGGGGUUUUGAUGCUAAGAGUGGAACGGCCAACGCGGUGAAACCUCGCUUCGAGCUGGGCGCCAACCAGGAGGGUCGACGAGCGCGUGAAUGUGGAGCGCCCGAUCCAGGAGUUCGAUACGCCUCCGUUAAACUUGAAUUUCCCCUCUCGUGAAGAGAGCGCAUUAAAUCUGCAAUGGGGGCCCCAACAACCUCAGACCAACACGGUUAAAAGACGUCAAUGGAGGAAGAAUGAUAUUGUCAACAAAGUUAGAUAAAACGAAGGGUUUUGAUGAAAUCUACUAUCUACUAUAUGCUAAAUCACCUCUUAAUAUUUUAUUGUAUUUUUUCAUCUUUUUCUUUUUUCUUUUUUCCAUGUAACUACACUUGGAGUUCAUUUCGAGGCCUGCACUUAGCGAAACAGACCUUUGAAUCUGUGUUUUAAGCAUAGUGUGAGGAAAGCUUUCCUGUAGAUAAAGACGUUGCGGUGUUUGCGGUGUCUUCUAUCUCCCGCCAUGUCGCCAUUCGUGCAGUGGCGCCCAAGCAAUUUUUCAUGAUGUGACGUCGGAUGAGCUGAGAUUUGGCGUGGAUCUCGGCGCUUCGGGUUUGGCCCCCGGCUCUUUAUGUUUGGUCCAAAUUUUUUUUUAAAGCCUCAAAGCCGUAAAGACAUUGCUCAACAUUUGAAUACAGUUCAUCGUCCUCCGGGCUUAGCUUCCUCCUCAUAAUUGUCACUAUCUACCCUUAUUGUGCUUCCUGUUUAUUUUUAUUUUGUAUUUUUUCUGGCAGUAAAACUGUUCCGUAAUACAAAUGUAUUUACGAUCCCCCCCCAAAAAAGAGAUAAAAAAAGGAAAAGUACACUUUUGUAUGUACAUCCGUCCAGUCCACUUGUCUGUGGGUUAAUGACAUGGGGGGGGGGGGGGGGGGUUCUAAGGUUAUUAGCAGUUGCAAUGAAUUUGCCAAGCUUUAUAUUUUUGGUCUUGUACACGUACAAAGAACUGCCUGCCAACAGUAUUACAAAAAAAAAGCUAUUUGGAACGCACACUAUGAUGGAAAGUUUCAUCAUUGACAGAAACUCUUGUCAUUUCUGCUUUUAUUUCUUUUUAAAAUCUUAUGAAGCAAUCAUGUUUCCUUUUUUACACACAGCAGAAAAAUAAAAAUGACAUUGUGCCAAUGCACACAGAGGCGGUGAAAGACUUCGUCAUUUCUGUUUCUUCUCUUUUCUCGCAGUAGUCAGCAGAAAUAGUCUCCAGGCUUCUUGAGGGACCUUUCAAAGUCCUUUUGAUGUUGGCUGUCUUUUGUGCCUGCUCUGUUCUAUUUCAAGACGAUCUCACGCAGCUCCAGUGCUUUUGUCGUCUGGGCUCUUCCGAGAAGGGGGGAACUCCACAAGACCUGUUGCUACUGAUUCUUUUGUCCAGUUUUGACGGGAAGCUAGUACUAAAGCACCAAGAAUGACACUUUCAAAUUGGUUCUAGUUUUUCUGUUAUAUUCACACACUACGGUGUUUUAUCCUUUGAUUUUAUUUGCCUUGGUUUUCAUUGAGUGAUUCAGGUUUAAGGACUGAAAUUUAAAUGCCAAAUUACCUAGUAGAAAAAACUCCAGGAACACUGUUGAACUGUCGCUCAAAACCUCUUUAAAACAUUAGUCAUGAUCUUUGAAAGGAAAUAUUAACAAGACCUUCUGUAAGCGUUGCGUAGGGAUCUUAUCUCUACACCUAUUAACACACACUAACACGAAACGCCUUGUUUCCAUGGAGUAGUCUGCCUACAAAAUGUUGGGUCCUGACCAAGCAUCCUCGC